AUGGCUUACGGCGAAACAGGUGCAGCGCCGAGCGAUCGCCUCACCAUCUUGGUGACGACCUCUCCGAUUCCGUCUCACCCCUCGCCGGUGCUGUUGAGGACUCUGUUCUCUUCCUUCCAAAAGCAUCUGGUUCACUUGGAGCAGUGCCCCAGACUGUUGGUCUGCGACGGGUUCACACCCCCGGAGGGAAGGAAGCAGCUGUGCUCGGAAGAGGCCUACGAGGGCUUUCUGGCUGCUGCCGAGGAGCUCUGCCUGCAGGGCGAGCUGGGGCCGUGCAGGAUACUGAGGCUUGGGAGCUGCCGCGGGUACGGCCUUGCGCUGACCGCUGCUCUGAAGGAAGUGUCGACUGAGUACGUGCUCGUGGUACAACACGACUGGAUCUUUGUCCGGGAGGUCGAGAUUGCUCGAGCCGUCGCCGCCAUGGAUGCGGACUCAGACAUCAAAUACGUUGGCAUGCAGUCCUUGACGACUCUGGGGUAUGCCCGGCGAAUGCAGCUGAGGUACGGCUUAGAGCUGCCACCUGCGCGAAAUGUUGCCGGUGUCUGCUUGGUGCCGCAGCUACUCUGGUAUGACAAGCCCCACGUCUGCCGGACGGAGCACUACCGGCAGGUCGUCCUCCCGGCGGCCCGGAUGGACGUUUGCCAAAAUCCCGAGCGAAGGUUUGGCGUGGAUCAGAUGUGGCCACGACUCCUCAAGGCAGACGACCUGGAAAAGGAGCACCUCUGUUAUGGCACCUUCUUCUGGGACGUAGGCGUUGAAGUCGUGUACCACCUCUCCGGGCGGAAGCUGAAAGCAGAGGGCGAUGCCACCGGCGAGCCCAUGCUCUUUGCUGGGCAGCUGCGCGGAGAAGCCACAACAACGGCGACAUUUACUGCAGUUGCCGCGCAACGUACCAUGGAAGUCACGGGCCUUUCGGCCCCAGAGCCCAAGGGCCACAUGGGACGGUUCAAG